GUGUAACGAGAGAGAGACUCUUUGAGGGUUCUUGUCUGGCUCUGAUCAACAGAGGGCUCAGCCAUGGCAGCCUCCAAUCGGAGUAGCAGGGGCUCCGCUUCUUCCAAUACUAAAAACAUCCGAUGCCAUCACUGUGCGGGACCCCUUUCGAAAGAGAUGGAAACCAGUGAUUGGACCGUUUCUCCCCUCAUCAGGGAUAGCUUUUCUAUGAUUGGUUCUGCGGUUGGCGGCACGGCAAGUGCAUUUUAUGGAUUUAACCACGUUAUGCCUGUUGUUCGAAGAUGGGUGAAAGGACCCAUGUGGUUGCAUUUUCUCGUUGGUACACCACCUGUGAUUGUAUUCUCUUCAGCCUGUGCGGGUCUGACAGGUGGGGCUGUUCCCGCCAUAGCACAGCUCGUUUCUUCGUCUUACCAUGCAGCACGAUCAUCCCAGACCUUACCGCCACCUGCAAAUGAUGAUAAGCUUCACAAGUCUAGAACUUCCUCCACUCUUUAAUUCAGCAUAUACAAUGGCUUUCUUACCUCAAGCAGGCAUACUCACUGGUUGUGCAAAGAAAGCUCUGUUUUCCUCUUGUAAAUGACGCCCCUUCAGUUUUGUCCGGUUCUCCGCGAUGUAGCACUCCUGUGAGGUGCGAACCGUGUAUUGAGACCACAGAGGCUAAUCUUAUGUGGUUCAUAAGUUUUGUAACUUUUUGGGUUAAAAAUCUCGUUAUAUUUUUAUUAUCCCUCAGUUUUAUGUGAAAUUUGGCCCAUUGUUUAUACUUUUCUAGUGGCUAAUUAGAAUGUGCUAAUGGUGCAUUGUAGAGAAUUCUUCUUCCGCCAAAGAAUUAUGAUAUUUCAAUAUUAAUAUCUGCCGGGACAUGGUUGAUAAUUUGA